AUGUCGACCUCAACUACAACACCACACGUGGUUGGUUCCUUCCCCCAGGUCACGACAAAGGUCAAUAAAAGAUCAAAGGACUUCUUGGAGAAUGUCAAGCGGUGGGAGCCGAUCCUGGAAACAUAUCAAAAUGCCCUUCGAGCGAGUUCCUCCGAGGGCAGCGCAAACAGCGUGUUGAAACACACAAGCCGGGGACAGCUGCGAGGUAUGGAUUCCACGCCCGUCUGCCUGGAAGAAAAUGGAUCUGUUGACGUGCCCUGUGCGACAGCGCGUGAGCGAGUGGCUCUUCUCCUCGAUGAAGACUCGCCAUUCCUGGAACUACAGCCAUUCGCCGGCUAUGAGAAUCCAGAUUCCUCCCCUGCUGCGAGUCUGAUAACGGGCAUUGGCCUGAUCAACAAUGUUCCGACGAUGAUAAUAGCUCAUAUCCCGUCUUUGAAAGGUGGUGCGUGGAACUAUUUCACCGUUCAAAAACAGAAUCGGGCCACAAAUGUCGCCACGAAGAACAACCUUCCCAUCGUCGCACUCGUCCACUCGGCGGGCAUCUAUCUGCCCCUUCAAUUCCACGUCUUUCCGUAUGGAGGAAAGCUAUUUCGAGACCUCUCCGUCCGCACCAGAAAAGGCCACCAGUCGUGCGCGGUAGUGUUUGGAGGCUCGACGGCCGGGGGAGCCUAUCAUCCCGCACUGUCCGACUACACGAUAUUUGUCAAAGGUCAGGCCAAUGUCUUCCUCGGGGGCCCGCCGUUGGUCAAAAUGGCGACAGGGGAGACGGUGGAUGCAGAGGACCUCGGAGGCGCCGAAAUGCAUGCUACGGUUACAGGGCUGGCGGACCAGUUGGCUGUCGAUGAGUACGAAACAUCCCGUCAUCUUGUUAUACCUCCUUCGAUGUCGAACAAGGGCUGGAAACUAACAAAGCCGCCACCACGUUGGUGUAGAUUUGAUGCAAUCCGCAAAGCCAGAGAAUGGGUCCUGACGACCACGGCAGCGAGACUCGUCGGUCGAUACAGUCAACCUGAGGUGCCUCCACGGCCGCCGCUCUAUGACCCCGAGGAGUUGUAUGGGAUCGUGAAUCCCGACAUUCGUCAGCCGCUGGACAUGAUGGAAGUCCUCCUACGGAUUGUCGACGAUGCGCGGCUGGAGUCUUUCAAACCGUUAUGGGGCAAGGCGAUGAUAACAGCUUGGGCAUAUAUUCACGGACAUUUGACGGGAAUUAUCGCCAACCAGCGACCGAUAAUCAGUCCAGACGAAUCGGAUAAAUCGACACAAUUCGUCCAUCUGUGCAAUCAAAUGAAAGUCCCCAUAAUCUUCCUCCACAACGUGACGGGGUUCAUGGUAGGCUUAAAAGCUGAGCGGGCAGGCCUGAUCAAGAAAGGCGCCAAGUUCGUGAGUGCCAUCAGCACCAGCCUCGUUCCGCACAUCAGCGUCCUCGUCGGCGCAUCCUACGGGGCCGGCAACUACGCCAUGUGUGGACGGGCCUUCAAGCCACGAUUCCUGUUCGCGUGGCCCAACAGCCGCUGCUCGGCCAUGGGGCCCGAACAACUGUCCGGCGUCAUGGAGAGCAUCACGCGGACCUCUGCCGAGCGGUCGUCCCGACCGGUCAACGAGGCGGACCUGUCCGCGCAGACGGAGGAGCUCAAGGCCCGGGUGGACCGCGAUUCGACCGCGUACAGAUACUCGUCGUACCUGCACGACGACGGCAUCAUCGACCCGCGAGACACGAGAGACGUCCUGGGAAUGUGUCUGGAGGUGGUGAAGAAUACCCUGAUCACGCCAAAUCCAGGUUCGAUGAAUCUGGCAAGGAUAUAG